CAGACCCGAGACGACGCUGUGGCCAAGCGCUGCGAUACUGGGGAUACAUACAUACCGCAUAUUUCUCUCUAUACAGUCAGAUCUCUGACUACACUUCAACGUUGGUGAAGAACUUCCAAAACGAGGCGAUUUUUUUUUUGGUUUCUUGGAUCCGGAUAACCUCUGUGGCUCUCCAUCAUCCGUCGUCCGUUCAUCUGAAUCUCGGUCCAAUGACGAGUUUUAACGUGGAUUAUCGACACCGCACAUGUUACAUGGAGAUAAAAUAAAGAGGACAAAUAAGUGCUGCGGGACAAACUGAAGGAGGGAUCUCCUGGGUCUUUUUCUGCCGUGUGUCUGGUAAUAUCAAUUACAUAUGUGGAGCGGUCGAGGGGAUUUUCGUGAUUUUUUACGCGUGCGGGGUAGAUCAGUGACCACUUGAAUCACGUCUCCCCCUUGGUUUGCCUCCCCUCCUUUCUCCCCCUUUAGGUGUGAAAUCGAUCUUCUCAGACAGAGACUCUGAACCCCUCGGUCCCCGCAUGACAUGGUUCAGUCCAGCUGCGAGAUCCGAGCCUCCUCCAUGCAUUGGGAUUUUUCUCAGCUCCGACACCGAGUGAAUCUCCCUUUUUUGACCAUCUGAGAAGUAUCGUGCCUGCCAGACCCGAGAGAAAAAGCCCUGCCAUGACCGCCGCUUCAAACCGGGACGGAGCAACGGGACUUGUGAGGAGACCGGAAUGCGCAUGCAGGAAAGGGGACGGAAUACGGAUUUUUGCUCUAAUGAAGGCGGGAGUGCAGGCGCACCAUUGGAGCCGGGUGCUGUUCUUAUAUAUGGGGCUACUGGCCGCCUCAGUAAAGGCUCAGAACUGCAGUUACACACUACACAGUCCCAAUGGGACGAUAGAGAGCCCAGGCUACCCUUACGGUUAUCCUAACUAUGCCAACUGUACAUGGGUGAUCGUGGCGGCGGAGCACAACCGGAUACAGCUGGUGUUUCAAGGCUUCGCCCUCGAGGAGGACUUUGACAUCUUGUCUGUAUAUGACGGGCCACCCAGCCCGGGGAACCUGCGGACGAGGUUAACAGGGUUCCAGCUGCCUUCACCCAUUGUGAGUACAGGCUCCAGGCUCACACUGUGGCUACUGUCUGACUACGCAGUCAGUGGGCAGGGAUUUAAAGCUGUCUACGAAGCUCUGCCCAGCUACACUUGUGGUAAUCCUGGACAGCUACUCAAUGGCCACCAGCAGGGGUCCACGUUCAACAUAGGGGACAAAAUCCGCUACAGCUGCAGCCCAGGCUACGUGCUGGAGGGUCACACCACCCUGUCCUGCCUUGCCACCUCAGCGGGGACUGCUGCCUGGGAUUUUCCCCUUCCCUACUGCAGAGCAGAUGAUGGGUGUGGCGGGACACUGCGGGGCCAGAGUGGGGUGAUCACCACCCCCAAUUACCCAGCUGAGUACAACAACAACGCUGACUGCACCUGGACUGUGCUGGCUGAGCCAGGAGACACCAUUGCCCUGGUUUUCUCUGACUUUCAGCUGGAGGACGACUAUGACCUGCUGGAGGUCAGCGGCACUGAGGGCUCUUCACAGUGGUUCACUGGCCCCAACCUUCCCUCACCCAUCAUUAGCAGCAAGAAUUGGCUCCGACUGCACUUUACCUCUGAUGGCAACCACAAGUUAAGAGGUUUCAGCGCCCAGUAUCAAGUGAAGAAGAUGACUGAACUGAAGUCUCGUGGUGUAAAGAUGUUGCCGAGCAAAGACAACCACCACAAGAUAUCAGUGUUGUCUCAGAUGGGUGUAGCGCAGGGACACAACAUGUGUCCAGACCCGGGGAUCCCGGAUCGGGGAAAAAGAAAAGGCUCAGACUUCAGGCGAGGAGCCACGGUGCAUUUCUCCUGCGACGAAGGUUAUGAACUGCAGGGCUCAAAGAGCAUCAGUUGUCUCAGAGUGACUGACAGCUAUGUAGGCUGGAGUGACGACCGGCCCAUAUGCAGAGCACCAAUGUGUGGAGGUCAGUUGAGAGGACCCAGUGGUGUCAUCACAUCCCCAAACUACCCAGUCCAGUACGACAACAAUGCGAACUGCACUUGGGUCAUCACAGCCACAGACACAUCAAAGGUGAUCAAGCUGACAUUUGAGGAUUUUGACCUGGAGCGAGGCUAUGACACUCUGACGGUGGGAGACGGCGAGGUGGUGGGAGACCAGAAGACCAUCUUCCACGUCCUGUCUGGCACCACCACUCCAGACCUUGUGGUUAGCACCAGUCACCAGAUGUGGCUCAACUUCAAAACAGACGACACCAGCGGCUCCCUGGGAUUCAAGGUUUCCUAUGAAGAAAUUGACCAAGGCAGCUGUGGAGAUCCUGGAAUCCCUGCUUACGGCAAACGGGAGGGGACAGGAUUUCGUCACGGGGACAGACUGUACUUUGAGUGUCUGCCCGCCUUUGAGCUGGUGGGGAAGAAGAACAUCACCUGUCAGAAGAACAACCAGUGGUCAGCGAAGAAACCCAGCUGCGUCUUUUCCUGUUUCUUCAACUUUACCACUCCAUCCGGGGUGCUGCUGUCUCCCAACUACCCUCAGGAGUACGGCAACAAUAUGCACUGUGUAUGGCUGAUCAUCACCAAUCCUGAGAGCCGCAUCAAUCUGGCCUUCAAUGACCUCAGCAUGGAGAAACAAUUUGACUUCCUCUCGAUCAAGGACGGUGGAAAGGCUGAGUCUCCUAUCCUGGGUACAUUUUCUGGUGAUGCGCUACCCCCUCCUAUAACAACCAGUGCCCACGUGGCCCGACUGGAGUUCCUGACUGACCACACCUACACAGACAGAGGCUUUAACAUCACUUUUACAACAUUUCGCCACAACGAGUGCCCAGACCCUGGUGUGCCAGUCAACGGGAAGCGCUUUGGUGAGAGCCUUCAGCUGGGCAGCUCCAUCUCGUUCCUGUGCGAGGAGGGCUUUGUGAAGACCCACGGCUCGCAAACCAUCUCUUGCAUUCUCAAGGACGGCAACGUGGUGUGGGAUAAUGCAGUUCCUCGCUGCGAAGCCCCAUGUGGAGGGGAUCUGAAGGCUCCCAGUGGGAUCAUCCUCUCCCCUGGCUGGCCAGAACUCUAUAAGGAGGCUCUUAACUGUGAAUGGAUCAUUGAGGCUCCUCCAGGCUACCCAAUCAAGAUCAUCUUCGACAAGUUCCGCACAGAGGUCAACUAUGAUGUCCUGGAGGUGCGGGAUGGACGUUUUCCCUCCUCACCUCUAAUUGGUAGUUACCAGGGUACCCAGGUUCCUCAGUUCCUCAUAAGCACCUCCAACUUUCUGUAUCUCCUCUUCUCGACCGACAAGAGCCACUCUGACAUCGGCUUCCGCAUUCGUUACGAAACCCUGCAGUUGCAGUCGGAUCACUGCGUGGACCCUGGUAUACCUGUCAACGGACAGCGGCACGGCAAUGACUUCUACGUGGGCGCUUUGGUGACAUUUAGCUGUGACGCGGGGUACACACUUAGUGACACAGAGCCCUUAGAAUGUGAACCCAAUUUUCAGUGGAGCCGCCCCCUGCCUAGCUGCGAUGCAUUGUGUGGAGGUUAUAUCCAGGGCAACUUUGGCACCAUCCUGUCACCUGGCUUCCCAGACUUCUACCCACACAACCUGAACUGCACGUGGAUAAUCGAGACCUCCCAUGGCAAAGGUGUCCAGUUCACUUUCCACACCUUCCACCUCGAGAGCCCUCACGACCAUUUGCUGGUGACAGAGAACGGCAGCUUCUCUCAGCCUCUGUGGAGACUGACGGGCUCAACACUGCCUCCACCUCUCAGCGCAGGCCUGUUUGGAAACUACACGGCUCAGAUCCGCUUUCUCUCUGACUUCUCCGUUUCCUACGAGGGAUUCAACAUCACUUUCUCCGAGUAUGAUUUGGAGCCAUGUGAGGAUCCUGGCAUCCCACCCUACAGUACUAGAAAGGGACUACAGUACGGAGUGGGUGACGCCCUCAUCUUCUCCUGUUUCCCGGGUUACCGACUCGAGGGUCCGGCGAGGGUGAUUUGCUUGGGGGGCAGGAGGCGGGUGUGGAGUUCCCCUCUGCCAAGGUGUGUUGCUGAAUGCGGCUCAUCCGUGACUGGCAUGCAAGGGGUGCUGCUCUCACCCAACUACCCCGGUUACUACGGCAACAACCACGAGUGCAUCUACUCCAUCCAGACGCAGCCUGGCAAAGGCAUCCAGCUACGAGCACGAGACUUCAGACUGGAGGAGGAUGACAUACUCAAAGUCUUUGAUGGCAGCAGUAAUAAGGCUCGUCUGCUGGGGGUGUUUACCGGGAGCGAGCUGCUAGAGACAACCCUGAACUCCACCUCCAGCUCCAUGUGGCUGGAGUUCAUCAGCAAUUCAGAUAACACCAGUAAAGGCUUUGAACUGCACUUCAUUAGUUUCGAGCUGGUGAAAUGUGAGGAUCCAGGUGUUCCCCAGUUUGGCUACAAGCGGGAGGACAAAGGUCAUUUUGCAGGGAGCACUGUGUCUUACAGCUGUGACCCUGGCUAUACACUGAAAGGCCCCGAGGUGCUUACCUGCCUGAGGGGGGAAAGGAGGGCAUGGGACAGCCCCCUCCCACUCUGCGUUGCCGAGUGCGGGGGCAACAUCAAGGAAGAGCUCUCUGGUCGUAUCCUAUCUCCAGGCUACCCAGCUCCUUAUGAGCACAACCUGCACUGCAUGUGGACCAUUGAGGCCGCCCCUGGAAGCACUAUUAGUCUGCAUUUCCUGGUUUUCCACACGGAGGAGGUCCACGACGUGCUUCGGAUCUGGGAUGGGCCCCAAGAUGGAGGGGUCCUGCUGAGGGAGCUGAGUGGCUCAGUGCUGCCCCCGGAUGCCCACAGCACCUUCAACACUGUCAGCCUGCAGUUCACCACGGACUUCUUCACCAGCAAGCAGGGCUUUGCUCUGCAGUUCUCUGUCUCCACUGCAACCUCCUGCAAUGACCCAGGCAUGCCUACUAAUGGGACCCGCGGUGGCGACAGCAGGGAACCAGGGGACCAUGUGGUGUUCCAGUGUGACCCUGGCUACAUCCUGCAGGGGGCCAACAGGAUCACCUGCACUGAGAUCAACGGCCGCUUCUUCUGGCAGCCAGACCCUCCAACAUGCACAGCUCCAUGUGGUGGAAACCUGACAGGUCCCAGUGGGCUGAUUCUGUCUCCAGACUAUCCUGAGCCUUACCCCCAUGGUAGGGAGUGUGACUGGACAGUCACUGUCACACAGGACUACGUCAUCGCUCUCAGCUUCAACCAGUUUAGCUUGGAGCCCAGUUAUGACUUCUUACAUAUCUACGAUGGGCCGGACUCCCUCAGCCCCUUGCUGGGCAGUUUCUAUGGCACAGACGUUCCAGAUCGCAUUGAGAGUAGCUCCAACACGCUCUUCUUGGCUUUCCGCAGCGACGCCUCCCUCAGCAGCAAUGGAUUUGUGCUGCAGUACACAGAGAACCCCAGGGAGUCUUGCUUCGAGCCGGGCCUGGUGCGCAAUGGGACUCGGGUGGGUGCCGACCUCAAGCUUGGCUCCACUGUCACCUACCACUGCGACAGUGGCUACACACUAGAGGGAGACCCAACCCUCACUUGCAUCAUGGGGGGAGACGGCAAGCCGAGCUGGAACAAACCCAAACCCAUCUGCAUUGCUCCAUGUGGUGGACAGUACUCAGGUUUGGAGGGAGUGGUCUUGUCUCCUGGUUACCCUGGCAACUACAGCAGUGCACGGACCUGUCUGUACUCCGUGGUGGUGCCCAAAGAUUACGUGGUCUUCAGUCAAUUCGCCUUCUUCCAGACAGCUCUGAAUGACAUUGUGGAGGUUUAUGAUGGAGCGACACAGCACUCCCGGGUUCUCAGCUCCCUUUCCGGAGCACACACAGGCGAGUCGUUGCCACUAGCAACCUCCAACCAAAUCCUGAUCCGCUUCACCUCCAAAGGCCAAUCCAGCUCUAGAGGAUUCCACCUGGUAUACCAGGCUGUGCCACGGACCAGUGCCACCCAGUGCAGCUCGGUCCCUGAGCCCCGCAAUGGCCGCCGUAUGGGUAACAACUUUGCUGUUGGCGCUGUGAUCCGCUUUGAGUGCAGUCCAGGUUAUAUGCUGGAGGGAUCGAGCGCCAUUGAAUGUUUGACAGUUCCCAAUGCCCUGGCACAAUGGAACAGCUCCAUACCCAGCUGUAUAGUUCCAUGUGGAGGCAACUUGACCCACAGAACUGGCACCAUCUUAUCUCCUGGCUUUCCUGAGCCGUACCUCAACAGCCUCAACUGUGUCUGGAAGAUCACUGUUCCUGAAGGAUCAGGGAUCCAGAUCCAGGUAAUCAGCUUUGUCACAGAGCAGAACUGGGACUCGCUGGAGGUGUUCGACGGAGGAGACAACACCGACACUAUGCUUGGCAGCUUCUCAGGCACCACGGUUCCAGCUCUCCUCAACAGCACCUCCAACCAACUCUACCUCCACUUUUUCUCUGAUAUUAGUGUGUCUGCAGCUGGAUUCAGGCUGGAAUACAAAACGGUGUCUCUGACCAACUGUCCAGAGCCUGUGGUUCCUAUGAAUGGCAUCAAGGUUGGGGAGCGUCUUCAGAUGAAUAACGUGGUGUCUUUCCAGUGUGAACCGGGAUAUACUUUACAGGGGAACUCGCACAUCACCUGUAUGCCUGGAACCGUCAGACGAUGGAACUACCCACCUCCCCUCUGCAUUGCUCAAUGUGGCGGGAUCCGGGAAGAGAUGGAGGGCAUGAUUCUCAGCCCAGGUUUCCCUGGCAACUACCCUAGCAACAGUGACUGUACCUGGAGAAUCUACCUGCCGGUUGGUUAUGGAGCCCACCUUCAGUUCCUCAACUUCUCCACCGAGGCCAACCAUGAUUUCCUUGAGAUUCGCAACGGUCCCCUUGAUACAAGCGCGGUGAUUGGUCGCUUCAGCGGCCAGGAUAUUCCCUCCUCCCUUCUCACCACCUCCCACGAGACCACAGUAUAUUUCCACAGUGACCACUCACAGAACAAGCCGGGGUUUAGAUUCGAGUACCAGGCUUACGAGCUACAGGAGUGCCCCGAUCCAGAGCCUUUCCGUUACGGCGUGGUGGUGGGCGCUGGCUUCAACGUGGGCCAGUCUAUUUCCUUUGAGUGUCUGCCCGGGUAUCAGCUGAUGGGACAUUCCAUCCUCACUUGUGAGCACGGCACCACCCGCAAUUGGGAUCACCCGUUCCCUCGCUGCGAAGUGCCUUGCGGUGGGAACAUCACAUCAGACAAUGGGACCAUCUUCUCCCCGGGUUACCCAGAGGAAUACCCCAGCUCAGCUGACUGCUCCUGGCUGAUUACCGUGGCCCCUGGCUUCGGCAUCAAAAUCAACUUCACCCUGCUGCAAGUUCACGGGCCGCACGAUUUCAUCACUGUCUGGGAUGGUCCACAGGAAACAACCAGGAAACUAGGAGUGUUCACUGAUGGUGAGCCCAAUGACCCGCCCAGCAGCACGUCAAAUCAGGUGCUGAUACGUUUCCGUAGUAACACAGAGAAAGGUGGACUAUUCCGUAUCAGCUAUCAAGCUUACAGGCUGCAGUUCUGCCUGCCUCCCCCCAUCAUUCCGAAUGCAGAGAUCCUGAUGGCAAGCAAAGAGUUUAAAAUUGGUGAUAUAGUGCGCUACCGAUGUCUCCCAGGCUACCAGUUAAGUGGAAACAGCAUCCUGACCUGCCGGUUGGGGACACACUUGGAGUUUGAGGGUCCGCCGCCCUCAUGCGAUGUGACUUGUCCCAUGAAUGAGGUACUGACAGCUUCCACAGGUGUCAUCAUGAGCCAGUCGCCAGGCAGCGGCUUCCCCCAUUUUGAGUCCUGCUCCUGGGUGGUCAAAGUGGAACCUGGCUACAACAUCACCUUCACCAUAGAGCACUUCCAGACCAGCCGACAGUUUGAUGAGCUUGAGAUCUUUGAUGGCCCAUCCAGACAGAGCCCACUCCUGAUUACCCUCAGUGGUAACUAUUCCAACCCACUGAGCAUCACCAGCUCCAGUAACAAAGUCUACCUGCACUGGUCCUUCGAUCAUACUACCAGCCACAAAGGCUUUCGCAUACGCUACUCAGCGGCCUACUGCAGCCCUCCGAACAACCCUGUGAAUGGCACCGUGCACAGUCUGACAGGCACUAAGCUGGGCAGCACCCUACGCUUCAACUGUGACCAGGGCUUCCGGCUCAUUGGUCAGAGUAGUGCCACAUGCACCCGGACUGCACAGGGGACCAACCAGUGGAAUGCACCGGUACCACUUUGCCAAGUUAUGUCCUGUGGAAUGCCAGUGCCUCCGGUCAAUGGCAGUAUUGUAGGCCAGGAUUUCUCUCUAGGAGCCAGGGCCACAUACCAGUGUAAUCCAGGAUUUCGGCUUGCCGGGCCUGUCACCACCUCUGUGAUCUGCCAGGAGUCUGGGAGGUGGAGCCCCAUUGAGGCCCCACCCAGAUGUGUUCCGGUGACCUGCCCUGACAUCGGCCACUCUGCUGUGGAACAUGGGAGAUGGAGGCUGAUCUAUGGUACCCAAAACCAAUAUGAUGCUAUAAUGAUGCUCAUAUGUGACCCGGGAUAUUACUACAGGGGUCAAAGGGUCAUCCGCUGCCAGGCCAACAGCACCUGGAACUACCCAGAUCCACGCCCAGUCUGCGACAUCAUCUCAUGCGGGGACCUGGGGACUCCACCGAAUGGCAACAAGAUUGGAACACUUACCGUCUAUGGAGCCACUGCCAUUUUCUCCUGCAACACAGGAUAUACGUUGGUGGGCUCUCGGGUACGAGAGUGUAUGUCCAAUGGGCUUUGGAGUGGAACGCAGGUCCAGUGUCUCGCUGGUCAUUGUGGCACCCCGGAGCCUAUAGUGAAUGGACAGAUCAUUGGGGAGAAUUACAACUAUCGAGGCAGCGUUGUGUACCAGUGUAACCCAGGGUUUCGUCUCAUUGGGGUGUCGGUGCGAAUUUGUGAACAGGAUCACCGCUGGUCAGGACGCACUCCUGUCUGUGUCCCCAUCACAUGUGGUCAUCCCGGUAACCCUACCUUCGGUAUGACCCAAGGAACCCAGUUCAACUUAAAUGAUGCCGUGCGCUUUGUCUGCAAUAUUGGAUAUGUCCUGCAAGGGGCCGUAAAGUCUACCUGCCAGGCCAAUGGGCAGUGGAGCAACGCCCUUCCCAGGUGUAAAAUUGUGAACUGCACAGAGCCUGGUCAUGUAGAGAACAGCAUCAGGCAGGUACUGCCCAGCGGGCCUCAUCGCUACAGCUUCCAGACCACUGUGUCGUACCGCUGUAACCCGGGCUACUACCUGCUGGGCACCAGCUCCAUCUCCUGUCAAGGGGACGGUACCUGGGACCGCUCCCUGCCUAAGUGCCUGUUGGUGCUGUGUGACCGCCCCAGCAUGCCUCCCUACGCCCAGAUCUCCGGCGACCGUCGGACAGUAGGCUCAGUCAUCCGCUACAGCUGCAUCGGCCAGCGUACCAUCAUCGGCAACACGACUCGAAUGUGCCAGCUGGACGGCCAGUGGAGCGGCUCGCCACCACACUGCUCCGGCGAGUCUGCCGGGCUGUGUGGAGAUCCAGGCAUUCCUGUGCAUGGCAUCCGUCUGGGAGAAGAGUUUACAGUGGGCAGCGUUGUCCGCUUUAGCUGUGAGCCUGGUUUCAUGCUGAAGGGUUCGCCAGAGAGAACUUGUCUGGCCAAUGGGACCUGGCUGGGCACCCAACCUGAGUGUCAUGUGAUCUCCUGUGGCAACCCGGGAACUCCACGGAAUUCCCAGAUCCUGAUCCACGAUGGUUUAACGUUCUCCAGAUCCAUAACUUACGCUUGCAGGGAGGGCUACUACUCCACUGGCCUGCUUACCCGACACUGCACUGUUAACGGGACAUGGACCGGCAACAUGCCCGAGUGCUCUGUUAUCAACUGUGGUGACCCUGGAGUGCCAGCCAACGGGGUGAGGUUGGGCAAUGAUUUCACCUACAACCACACAGUGAGUUUCCAGUGUUCUCCUGGUUUCACCAUGGAUGCUGACCGCGCCUCGGCUCUUAUCUGCACCAAGGACCGCACCUGGAAUGGCACCAAACCCCAGUGUAAAGCGAUCGUAUGCGGUCCACCACCUGUCAUUCCUAAUGGACAGGUAGUCGGCACAGACUUCACCUGGGGCUCCAGCAUCAGCUACUCUUGCAACCAAGGUUACCAGUUGUCCCUGCCCACUGUGUUAACAUGUCAGGGCAACGGCAACUGGAGUGGAGAGAAACCCCAGUGCUUCCCUGUUUUCUGUGGAGACCCAGGGAUGCCAGCUCAGGGGAGGAGGGAGGACCGUGGAUUCACCUAUCUCUCCUCUGUCUCCUUCUCCUGUUACCCUCCCCUCGUCCUGGUGGGCUCUACCAGGAGAUAUUGUCAAUACGACGGCACCUGGAGUGGCACACAACCCUCUUGCAUAGAUCCCACUCACACUACCUGCGGAGACCCUGGCACUCCUCUCUUUGGAAACCAGAACAACAGCCAAGGCUACCAGAUCAGCGGCACUGUGUUCUUCAGCUGUAGAAAGGGUUACCUACUGCAGGGCUCCAUUUCUCGCACUUGUCUGCCCAACCUCACUUGGAGUGGUUUUCAACCUGAGUGCAUUGCCCACCACUGCAGCCAGCCCGAGCUGCCAGCCCAGUCUGAUGUGAGAGCCAUUGAACUGCCAUCCCUUGGCUACACGCUGAUCUAUACAUGUCAGCCUGGCUUCUACUUGGCUGGAGGAUCAGAGCAUAGGACCUGCAGAUCGGAUGGGAGCUGGACAGGGAAACCUCCUCUCUGUGCAGCUGAUAAUCGCCCAAGUGGUAAGAGCCCAGUGGGGACAGUGCAGGAGCCACCCUCCAAAUUACCAGUCCCUGGUGGUGUAUUCGCUAAAAACUCUCUCUGGAGGGGAUCCUAUGAGUAUUUGGGGAAGAAGCAGCCAGCCAUGCUCAGCAUCACUGCCUUUGAACCCGUCAGCAACCGGGUCAACGGGACACUCAUCGAUCACAGCGGAGUGGAACUCAAACUGGCCGGUACAUACAAGAAGGAGGAAGCUCAGCUGCUGCUACAGGUCCACCAGAUCAGAGGCCCUGUGGAGAUCUUUGUCAACAAGUUCAAAAUAGACAACUGGGCCCUGGAUGGACAUGUGUCCUACAUCUCUUCAUCCAACUCCUUUGUGUACCAGGGAUUUGUCAGAGGAAAAGGCUUUGGCCAAUUUGGUCUCCAGAGACUGGAGAGUUUAGAUCCCAGCAGAGACAACCCGGGCUACAACUUUGCGUCGAACAGCAGUUCAGUGGCGGCAGCCAUCCUAGUGCCUUUUAUAGCCAUGAUCAUUGCAGGCUUCGCUCUGUACCUCUACAAACACAGAAGAAGACCCAAAGUCCCCUUCAACGGUUACGUGGGCCAUGAGAACACUAACGGACGAGCUACGUUUGAGAACCCGAUGUAUGACCGCAACAUCCAACCCACUGACAUCAUGGCCAACGAGACAGAGUUCACAGUCAGCACAGUGUGCACAGCUGUAUAGCAACUGCUUCCUCCAGAGCCAGGGGAGGAGAAGUGCACCACAUCUUCGCCUGCCUGCCAACAGAGGACAUCCAUAGUUCCUUGAGCAGAGGGCAAGACAAAGAUUAUUUUAUUCGCUGAAAUACAUCCAAGAAACAUCUCCAGUGGCAAAGUCUCCUUCCUGCAGGAGGCGAGAAAAAAAAAAAGAAACCAUGUGAAGACAACACCGACUGUAACAAACGCCAACAACAAAAUGCUUUUUGUAACUUUACAUGGUUUCUUGAUCAUUUUCCAUAUUUCGAGGAAAAGCUUCCACCUGAAACUACAGCCGGCAGGAGUAACGCUGGAAGCAACGCUGUGAUGACUUUUCUCACCGCCCUCCGCCUAAACCCAAAGGGAAUUUUAUGGUCAACUUUAAGUCAAGAAAUUGACCUGUAGCUAACAGAGAUCUCUGUGCAAGUUAACUGUACGGCGGACAGCCCCGUCUCGGCCUGUGUGAGUCAAAGAGAGACAGUCUGGACUGUUUCGAUUCACUCUACUCUGUUUUCAUUUGCUUUUUUUAUUAUUUUUUUUUUUUGGGUUGUUGUUCUCUCUUUAUACGCUGCUUGCUUUUUGUGAUGAGUAAUUGGGAACCCUGUUUUUCCCCAACCGUCUUCUCCCGAGGCUUCUGAAAGGUUUCAUCAGUGGCCCCAAGUCUCUGGCUGAGGAUGAAUUAAAAAUUAAGUAAGUUUUGGAGGCCAUGUUGGAGACACACAUUCUGUCAUUACUUUUUGAGCUCGACUCUCGUCCUCCCUUUCUUUUUCUUUUUAAGCAGGGAUGAAAUUCUGCUUGCUGAGGCAGCUGUGUCCGGAGCAGGGGUUAAAAAGUAGCUAGGGCUGCUGAAAGAAAAGCACUUAGUGAGGGUGUAGAAAGAAUUAAUGUGUAAAUGUGAGCGAGAGAGACUGUGUGCAUAUAUGUGGUAGCUGCAUCCGCAAUCUACCCCAAAUAUCUCCUGUCUGUUUUGGCCCCAAAUUUACCACCAGACACACGACAGAUGUGUUGCUUAAAUUUCUCCAAAUUUAUUUUAUUUUAUUUAUUUAUUGUUUAAGGUACUGUGGGGAUUUGGUUUAAUGCUGACAAUGUAUAGCUCCACUGAGAAAACUAAAGGCAGUGUCGGUCUCUAGUUCCAGCUUUCAUCCGCUUCCUCUUUGUUUGCAGUGAUUCAUGUGUAAUCACUAAAUGUUUUUGUGUCUGGGAGAGACUGAAAAGAAAAUGUGGAUAGACAAAGCCACCUCUCUAACUGAUGCACCUACGUCAAAUGAGGCAACACUCAAACUUGCUUCACGUUAACAUCAGUUACGACUUUCCUGCCACUGUCGCUCUGAGGUGCUUGAGGAGAAAAAGACAUCGACACGGUCAAUGUAGGGACGGCAGUAUAUUUCCAUGGAUAUAUAAAGGCCUUGGGACCACAUCUCCUUAUUUUUUUUUUUACCUCCUUCAUUUUUCAAAAUCGGAACAAAGCUGUAGCACCAAGCAAGUUACAACGUGUGGCGCAUUUUCGUUUUUUUCCAAGUCUGAUGUCAAAUUCUCCGCUUUGACUUUCUUUUUUAAUCCUGGAUCACAUGUUUCUGCAGCUCAAAGGUGGUGCGUACUGUAUUUUCUCUGAGAUCAAGUUGCAGUAUGAGCUCCCUAAACUUGGCCCUAGGAAAGCGAAAGAUCAAAGUGUGGUCAUGUUUGAACUCCCUCGAAAAUGUACAACUCAAGGCGCUUGAGUCUGAAGAAUGGAUGAGUCAGUGAUGUGUUCCCCACUGGAUUACAUUCAGGCCUUUUCCUCCAAGUUAACUUCUGACAGCUCCAUCCUUUUUUUUUUUUUUUUUGAAACACAGUAGUGUUGCUUUGUUUUGGCUUCGCUCGUCAUGGAAAUGUUGCAGAAGGCUUCCUCAGAGCUGUGACAGCAGGGGAGCUGCUGGCAUACUGAUUACCCCCAUGCAUUAAAUUGGAAAUGAUAAAUGUGAUAAGGAAAAAAAAGUGUUUAUGCCUCUAAUGCUAAUACUCCUCAAAUCUGUGGCAUCCGGGGAGUGAUAUACCGAAAAUAUAGUUUUGAAGGAGCGACGCAGGAGGGAGCUGUCAUCAGCUAUAACAGCAGGACUCUACCAUGGCUGGUGAAUGACAUGCCUGAUGAGAAGAGAGAAUUUAAAGCAUUAAUACUGUUGUGACCCCUGUAACGUGUGUGUAAAAUGUGUAUGAGUCCUAUGAAGGAAACCGACUGGAUUUCAAACACCCUGCUCCCAGAUAUUUACCACUUGCUAUCCCCAUACCUGUGUAUCCUGUGGAUGCUGAGUAGGGUGAAUAGUGCUCGAAUUUCAUUGCAGCAAAUUGAGCCAUUACAUGCAAUUUGCUCUAAUUUAGCCAUGCUUCAUUGUCAAACCCAUAUCGAAUCCUGAAUUCACCUCACCAAUAUCACUGACAGGACAGACCCUCAAUUAUGUUGUGUUUGACUGAUAAAAAAGGCAGUCUGAAACACCCAUAGCUCCUUGAUUUACCAUGUGCUCUUUCUUUUGGGACAUUAGGAGGAAAAUUUGACCUGCAUGGAUUUGUUUUGGUACAUUAGCAUAUACAUUAUAUAUGUUCUCAUAGUCAAAAAUCAACCUCCAUACCAACAGGUUUUUUAAUGAAGUCUUUAAAGUCACCUACAGUACAUAAUUUCCCUCAGAAUUCCUGGCCUUUGAAACCAAUCACUGUAUUGUUCCUUCAAUUAGUUUCGCUGUGGGUCGGUAAUUGCUUUUACAAUUUUAUUACUUUUAAAGCUCUCGCUUAUCUCGACAGUACAGAUAGAAUAUUGCCCCUUGCCUGCUCUGGUCGUGAAUUGAUGGAAAAGGAAACGAUUGAAUUACCCCGGAGAUUUCACGGGGAGAGGAGCAGUUGCACUCGCAUUAUCUUGAAGGCAUUGUUACUUGGUUCUCAUAGUUUUAUGUGGCUGCUGCGUUGUGCAUUUCAUUUGUUUUUUUGUUCUGAAAUUGCUCCAAAUAUUUCAGCACAGUCGAUAGCUUCAUUACAUUCCAGUUAGUUUCUGUUAAGGCCACUUUGAAGUGGUCUUUCCCCUCCAUUCAUUACUCCCAUGGCAGCAUUUAGCACACUUUACACAACAUUUUAUUAAGCUGUGUUGAGUAUUAAACAAACAAAUGUGAUUAGCUGGUGCAGUAGGACAUGAUGCCCUCCACUCCCUCGAUGGAAAGGAUUCUAUUUGACUAGAUUAAGACUGUGGAUUUAGACAAACAUAAUGCAGAAGCAUAAGCUCACAACUAUGAUUGUUUUUACCAACAAGGGCUCAGUCUCAACAAGUUCAGAAAUGGUUUUAAAGGGCCAGACCUUUUCAUGUUUUUUUGUUUGUUUGUUCUUUACCUCCUCCAGUCUCCAAUAAGCACUUUACGUUCAUUAUAGUGCCUUGGUAAAACCCCAUGAUAUGAUAAACCAGCUCGAGUGGCUUUGUUUUUGUGUUCAGGAGUUCCAGAUGUAGUUUCUUUACUAAGAUUGGGGGGGUUAAAAUGUUUUCAUGUCAGAUAUUUGAGCUCCUUUUUCUGUUUUUUGGUCAAGUCCUUUUCUUCAGCUCAUCUUGAUUAACCCACACACACAGUCAUAUACCUAUGAAAGAAACUGCAAGCUCUUUCCACCUGUGUUUUUGAUCUUACAGGGAAAAACUGACCUCGUUAGGAUCACUUCAUAUCAAUUUUUGCCCCUUUUUUGCUUUUCCUAAAAGAGCGAUGAGCUCAUUAGUACUGUAUUUCAGUGUGCAAGGACUAAUGUUGUGGAUUUACGUGCUUGCCUACAUGUGUGGGUGAGUGUUUGUGUUGUGUGUGUUUCUAAAAGUUUAUAAAAAGUUACCUUUUCAACCAAAGAAAGAGAUUCAAAUUUAACCAAAUCAGAAUUAGGCAGUAUUACAAAUUCAGAUAAAUUGUUUCCAUCAGUUCUUAAUGUGCUUCGUUUAGUUCCACCAGCUAUAAAAGUUUUUAAUGGGGAACAAGACAUUCUCAAAAAUUCAUGCUGGUAAUUUUGCAGAAUUGGGAGUUUUCGCUUAAUGGGUGCUACAUCUAUAGAAAUACUUUCUUCUUAACACGUCUGGGUGAGCCCCGAAAGUUCUCAAAGAAAGUGCAGUACAGUUAUAUGAAAAUGAAGAUCAGUGAGUUCUGGAUGGAGCCGUGCUAUAAGAGUUUGAAGAGACUCUUUCUUGAUAGCGGCCGGCUACUUCCUGGUUUCUCUUUGCAUAUUUUAAGACAGAAACUCUAAUCAUCCAAGGUUCAUUUUCGUUAUCAGCCAGAGACAGCUCUGAGUUCUCUCCUGCUCACCAUCUCCUCUAUAAUGAAACAGCAAUGGUCUUUGAGUUCCCAUCGAGUUCACUGAAUUCUCUCACAGUCAGGGACUAAACCAAAAGCUUCCCUUUUCUUCCUGCAGCUAGUGCUCUCACAUUUCAGCGCAGGCCACAAGUAUCGGAAAACUAAGCAAUCCAUCCAUCAUGCUGUGUGACAUAUUCUGCUAUCAUUUGUAAUCUCCCAUUUUCCAUUGUCACCGCAUAUUGACGGCUACAACAAAGCCACACUUACUGCUGUGUUUCUUUCAGGUCCAUUCCAUGCAAUUUACCUUCACUAUUCAGCCCAUUUCGGUGUGUCUAGUGGACUCGAGCAAGGAGGAGAGGGUAAAGAGAUGUAUUCUGAAAAAGAUUCGGAGCUUAAAUGAAUUUUGUUCUGUAAAUGGAGAUAAGAGGGAACUGGUAGUUCCAUGAUUUGGGAUCAGAUCACUGGAGGUAUUAUUGAAAAACUACUGAAUGUAUUUCAUUUCACUGAGUGCAUCAGAAUUUAUCUAUCUAUACUGUGUUCAAUAUCUGUAAUCCCACAACUGCUCCUCUGUUUGUGUGCAGUAAUGGAAAAAAUGAGUUGCCACAAUGUGUCAUCCUCGGGAUAAAAACAGAAUGUCCAAUUUAUCUAGAGUAUAAUACAGCAAAAAUAUUUACAGAGAGAUGCUUUUUAUUACCAGAGACUUUACAUUCCUGUAUUUUUGACAUGGCAACAGAGUUAUUACAAGGUCCCAUGUUUUAUUUAUUUCUUUUCCGUGACAUUAUUUCAUGCCAGCCCAGUAGAUCUCUUAACUAGCCUCUAAAUGAGACUAAAACUCAUGACAACCCAUAGCGCCUAAGCGAGAUCAACACGGCCCUUGAACGCCUCAACAAAACAACAAAACAGUAAAAGACAGAGACUCCGCGUCAGUGUCUUGCUGUACACCAAAAGGGUUACCUGUAAAGAAACGGACAAACAUGGACUUGAGCAGACUGUGUGUAACUACAGAGAGCAACUAUAGAGGGAAAGUGUCUCUAAGAAAAGAGAAUAUGUUAACGAAUAAAAAACUUUUUUUGUACAGAGAUAUAUUUUUAUGGAAAUACAUUUGUAAUAUAAAAAGAAAAAAUGGAUUGACAUAUAUGUAAAUGUUUUUCUUUUUCAUUAUUGUAGUACAAAUGCUAGUGGGGAGUAUAUGAAAAAUCUCUAUAUAUAUAAAUAUAUAUAUAUAUAUAAAUAUAUACAAAGAAAAAUAGAAACAAGGCUUUUUGUAUAUGUAAAAAAGAUUGUACAUAAAAGUUUACAUACAUACUGUACAUAUGUAAGACCCACCAUGGCUUGUCUGCAAUAUAUAAAAUGUAUUUUAUCCGUCUGUAUAUGAUGCUUUGCAUUGUGUCUAAGCUUAUUCUACUUUCUUGAACUUGAAACUUAUUUUGAAGGUUUUGGAAUAAAAUAUAAAACCUA